AUGGUUGAUCAAUUAAUUCAUAUGCAACAAGAAAUAGAUAGGUUACAGCACAUUUCUUUAAACAGAGAAAUUUCAACAAUAUUUUAUUCGAAAUUUCUACAAAUUGAAACAUUAAUUAAUGAAAUUUUUAUAACAUCAUUAGACAAACCAAUAUCAAAAUUAAUUUUUCAAUUAAACAUCAAUGCAGUAAAAAUUGAUAAACAAUAUGAUAUAAUACGUGCUGAUCCAUUUUAUCUUCUUGUUGAGGAUAAGUUAAAUAAAUCAAAUUUAUGCUUUUCUAUGUACUCCGGAACAAGAUAUGCAAUAAUGAAUAAAAUCACUAAAUGUGCAAGAAACAUUAUGUUUGAUCCAAUAGACGAUCAUCAGUCACCAUUUAUUUUUCAUUCAGUUGAUUGCAAGAAUAAUACCAAUUUUUCAAAAGCAAAAUGGAAGACAAUUGAAUGUAGAUCAAAAGAACUGAUAACACCAGAAGAAAUUGUUCAAGUAAAAAACGAUGAAAAUUUUAUUUAUUUUUAUUGUUUUAAUCAAAACAUCACUAUUCAAGGCUUGACAUAUCCCUGUAAAAAUCAAAUUUAUAAAAUAAAACGUGGACAAAGUUUAACAAUAAAUCAACAAACCGUAUCAUUUACAAAAAUGAAGAUUGAUUUACAUCAUCAUAUUCAUGAUGAUUUAAGCGAAAUACUAAAUGUUCAAACAUUUGAUACAUUUGGUUCUUCCAUCAAUUUACAAGAUUUAUCCACUAUGGUUGAAAAAGAAGAUCAAUUAAUUAACAAAAUCAUUUAUUCAUACUUACAAACAUAUUAUAUUCAUUUAAUUGUAAUAAUAUCAAUCAUAUUAUUGUUAAUAUUCAUAACCUUAUUCUAUUGUCAAUAUAAUAAGACCAAAAAUUACAAAAAAAUUAUUCUCGAACAAUAUCGAUUAGCCGCACUUCAAUCAAGUCACACAUAA